CUUCAUAUCUUUUCCCACUCCUCUCUCUACUCUCUCUACUCUCUCUGUGAAAGCUUCGAGGCCGCGUCAAUGGCGUCUAACUCUCUCGUACUUCCUCUCUUCUUCUUCCUCGUCAUCCUCUUCUCGAGCUCCAUCUCCUCCUCCUCCGCCGCCCUUGUCCAGCAACAACCUCUCGUCCUCAAGUACCACAACGGAGCUCUGCUCAAGGGCAACAUCACCGUCGACCUCGUCUGGUACGGUCGCUUCUCCCCCACCCAGCGAUCCGUCAUCGUCGACUUCAUCCGCUCCCUCGGCUACGCCCGCUCCCCUCCCCCCUCCGCCGCCUCCUGGUGGCGCACCACCGAGAAGUACAAGGGCGGCGGCUCCAACCUCGUCGUCGGGAGGCAGGUCCUCCACGAGGCGUACACCCUCGGGAAGUCCCUCAAGAACCGCCACCUCCGCGCCCUCGCCGGCAAGUUCAAUGCCGCCCCGGGCACCAUCACCGUAGUCCUCACGGCAGCGGACGUCGCCGUGGAGGGGUUCUGCAUGCGGUGCGGGACGCACGGGUCGGCGCGGCCCGGGUCGGCGUUCGUGUGGGUGGGGAACUCGGAGACGCAGUGCCCGGGGCAGUGCGCGUGGCCGUUCCACCAGCCCAUGUACGGCUCGCAGACGCCGCCGCUGGUGGCGCCGAGCGGCGACGUCGGGGCCGACGGCAUGGUGAUCAACCUGGCGACGCUUCUCGCCGGCGCCGUCACGAAUCCGUUCGGGAGCGGGUACUUCCAGGGCCCGGCGGACGCUCCGCUGGAGGCGGUGUCGGCGUGCACGGGGAUAUACGGGUCGGGCGCGUACCCGGGCUACCCAGGCCAGCUGCUGGUCGACAAGGCGACCGGCGCGAGCUACAACGGCCACGGGCUCGGCGGCCGGAAGUUCCUGCUGCCGGCGAUGUGGGACCCGGAGACGUCCGCGUGCAAGACUCUCGUGUGAUUUGGGCUGGGAAUGAGCGACGGUCGGUGUCGACUGUCGUGAGGUGCGAGCGAUGUGGAAUAACGAUGAAUUCGCUCGUUUUUCUUUGGAGUUUCUCUAUUUUUUCCCCUUAAUUUUUCUUUGGCACCUGUUGUGGUAGGAGUUAAAAUUGAAUCUAAAAAGGGGAAGAAGAAAAUAUGUACAAAUUUCAAAAGUUCAAAUUGAGAGGUGGUGAAAUAUUGUCUUUAUAUAAAGAGUUUAAAACUCGAAUGUAAGUGACGCACUCUUGGCUUCU